CGACGCCUGCGCAGUGUGACCGGGAUGGCGCAUUUUCUUGCACCGACUAAUGCGGUGUUGCUGGCGGCUGAGGAGGGUGGAGAGUUCUGUGGUGAAGUAGGGGGAGGGAUCCAUGUAGGCGUGAGGCGGAGUCUUGGUCUGAACUGUAAAGUGGGAAGUUGAUGCUGGGUACUACUACUCCCGGACCGGCAGCGCGAAAGUUGUGAUAUCACCGUUGAACCGUUAUAUUGCUAAGAUGAUUUCCUUUGCUGGAUUGCUCAGUUCCUAAGAUUGUUUCACCCAGUCAUUCAAGAGAAGAUUACAAAAACUACAUUUUUCAGUCGUUUUGGUUCAUGAUCCUAAAGACCAAAUGAUUGUUACAGAAGCAAAGAAAGCAGGUAAAGAUCAGCUUUGAAAACAAUGGAGAAGACUCAAGAAACAGUCCAGAGAAUUCUUCUAGAACCCUAUAAGUAUUUACUUCAGUUACCAGAUAGUAAACCUCUUUGUUGCCUACACCCAGGGCAGACAACGUCCCUUGGCAUGGUGCUGCUUUUUAUUGAUAUAUAACUGCAUGAACAAUGAUUGUAAACAAGUGAGAACCAAACUUUCACAGGCAUUUAAUCAUUGGCUAAAAGUUCCAGAAGACAAGCUACAGAUUAUCAUUGAAGUGACAGAAAUGUUGCAUAAUGCCAGUUUGCUCAUUGACGAUAUCGAAGACAACUCAAAACUCCGACGUGGCUUUCCAGUGGCACACAGCAUCUAUGGAAUUCCAUCUGUCAUCAAUUCUGCCAAUUAUGUAUAUUUUCUUGGCCUAGAGAAAGUCUUAACCCUUGAUCACCCAGAUGCAGUGAAGCUUUUUACCCACCAGCUUUUGGAACUCCAUCAGGGACAAGGUCUAGAUAUUUAUUGGAGGGAUAAUUACACUUGUCCUACUGAAGAAGAAUAUAAAGCGAUGGUGCUGCAAAAGACAGGUGGACUAUUUGGGUUAGCAGUAGGUCUCAUGCAGUUGUUCUCUGAUUACAAAGAAGAUCUAAAGCCACUACUUAAUACACUUGGGCUCUUCUUCCAAAUUAGGGAUGAUUAUGCUAAUCUACACUCCAAAGAAUAUAGUGAAAACAAAAGCUUUUGUGAAGAUCUAACAGAGGGAAAGUUCUCAUUCCCUACCAUUCACGCUAUUUGGUCGAGGCCUGAAAGCACCCAGGUGCAGAAUAUCUUGCGCCAGAGAACCGAAAAUGUAGAUAUUAAAAAAUAUUGUGUACAUUAUCUUGAGAAUGUAGGUUCUUUUGAAUACACUCGGAGUACUCUUAAAGAGCUUGAAUCUAAAGCCUAUAAACAAAUUGAUGCACGUGGUGGGAACCCUGAGCUCGUAGCUCUAAUAAAGCACUUAAGCAAAAUGUUCAAAGAAGAAAAUGAAUAAUAUUAAGCGAUUUUUGAUUAGGCCUGGUAGCUUAUUGCAGCUGACUAUUUUUUUGUCUUUUAGCCUAUCACUUUUUUAAAAAUUUGGACCAAGCUGUCUGUCUCCACAAACUGAGUAAAUAGGGGUGAUGUGAAUGAGGUUACUUCAAUUUAGAACCCCUUUGUACAGAUAAUCAUCAUAGUACAAAGUUGAAAAAAUCAAGAGGAGACACAUUUAAAUAGGUCUAAUUUGAAUGUCAGAAUGUGCUAUGUUUGGACCUUAUGGACAAGUGCCACUAAUGUUCUGUUGAUUCUGUCAAUAAAGAAGACUUCAGCUUCCAGAAAUUUUUAUCCAGAUACUUUCUGACUGUACUGUAUGGACAAUUCCCCAUUCGCCUACCCCAGUUCCAAGCCAGUGACUCCUGGUGACCAGUUUCUGUGGCGAGCUGGUCUAGAGAUCACUGGACCUCUUUUUUCCUAAAUGUUGCUACUUAGAAUAUCUCGUUCUCCUCUUGGAAAGUCCCUCACUAAAGUCUUCCAUGAAAAAGCUGACCGUGAUAAGCAGUAAGUGCACUAGUCUUUUCUCUUACCCUCUUCCUUUUUUUCUUCCCUGCCCAGCAAAUUCUGCUCUUUAGCCAAAGGGUCUCCACUUAAUGAAAUUUAUAUGCUAGCCCAAAUUCAUUCAAUUUUCCUUGUAAUUUUGAUUCAAAAACUGAUGAAUAUCUGGAUACAGCAAUGUCUUUCCAUUUAGGAAGAAACAAGGUACAUGGAAAAAGUGUUUAGGAAGAAGCCUUUAUUUAAGCCUUUUUUUUAUUUUCCUAUUGGUUAGUAGUAAAAAUCAUAAAAGAGCUGCUUGCUCACCUUGAGUACAAAAGGGGGGGGGGGGGAGGGGAUGCUCUUUUUCUUUGCCACCCACAUCACUACUCCCCCUUGAAGGCAAUUGGUGCUUAAAUAGAAAGGGAAGUAGGUAGCUUUAAUCUCUGUGAUUAAAGGAUUGAGAAGUGUUAACCUAAGAGCUUGUGCCCAGCUGAAAAGUAGUCAAAGGCUAUGCUAUCAGGCACUAAUUAGCUUUAUAGUGCUUUAACCCUGACUCUCUAUCCCUUUUGUGUACUUUCCACCCCCAAGCCCCUGGAGCCAUCUGGCAAUAAGAGGUAGGAGAAAACAAAAGAAAAACCCUGAUCCUUCAUUUGCAAGUGUUGCUGACCUCCCAAAAUGAAACUGUGUUUUCCAGAAACAUUGCAUUUUGCUUGAUUGGUUCCAUUACAGUAUGUUCUAUCAGAUUUAAUCACUAUGUACUUGUAUGAGAAAUUCUUACUGAAGCCCUCAACCUAAAUCUUUGAAGAGUUGGGUACUACCUUUACUAGCUUUUAAAAUAAUUUGAAUCUUCCAUUUUAAUUGAUACAAGGAAAACUUAAAAUCAUGGGUAUUUAUGCUGCGUUAUGGAAACUUGAACUUUGUGUUUAUGAAUCCAUUACUUAAAAGAAAAACUUAAAGAUUAUUGAAAAAGACCGUAUGCUAACUAUAUAGACAAAAUAUUUAUCUUUAAGAUGAAGACAGCUUAAGUUGAUUAUUCCUUAUCUAAUCAAAAAAUUUGUCCUGGUGCUAUUCAUGAUUCUUUUGUCAUUUGUAUCUGGUCUUUGUCAAUGACAAAUGCUUGACUUUGAAUUGGGGUCUUACAAAAAGAGUCAUUUUAUCCAUUAAGUAAUCAAAAAUCUAUUCUUUUCACUUGAACUAUAAUCACAGUUGACAAUAAAGGAGAAAAAUAAUGUUAAGAGUAAAUCUAAUAAAAUAUAUUAAUUUAU